AUGGAAAAUAGCCAAAGCUCUACAGCUGAUAUUUGUUCAAAAUUAGAAGGAAAGCUUGACCUCCAAGAUAUUUCGAAAUCUCUUGUUGGAAUUCAGGAUUCAACUCCUUUUGAACUGUCGCUGGUAUCACCAAAUGCUACUGACAUGAUGGAUUUAGGCUCGCUAGAUGUGAACAAUUUUGGUGUUCAUCAAUCCCCGCAGCCUUAUCUAACUGAAGAAGGUAGCAAUUGGCUAAUAAAUGGUGAGCCCAUAUCUGAUUCAAUACUUGUUUUCCAAGCAGAAGAUCAACAUAGUCAAGAAGCAAAUCAUUUAUUAGACCAAGAUGUAUAUGAAGACAGCAUGAGCAGCUUCUACAACAGCAGCUCGUACAGCAGCAGCUCUAACAGCAAUACUCAAAGUGUCAUUUCCAAUGCCAGAGAAGGCAGUAUAAUUGAAACGAAGCCAAAAAAGAAUCUGACUCGAUAUCAUCCACAUACACUUUUUUUGGCCAAAUUUUACUCAAAAGGUAAAAUGAUUCCCCCUAAAAAAGAGUAUAUCAGGAUCGCUCCAAUUCGCUCACACAAGAAGCUUUUCAGAUACAUAGAAGUAAACAAGCCCCUCUGCAAAGUUAUAAAAGACUUGAAUGUGAGAAGUCCUACAGUACUUAAAAUAGUAAAAAGAUUAAAAAUUCUCUUUGAACAACACAAAGAUGAUUUUAAAAAAAUUUCUAGAACAGAAUCAGGGCCAAAGACUGAUGGCAGCAAAAAGAAUAAAAGACCAGAACAUAAAAGCUGAAAUAAUAGUUAUAUCAAAGAGUAUUUUGAAAAUCCAGCUGUUUUAGAAUCAUAUCUACUGCAUGUUGAGUUGAUUUUUGCUGACUGUGAUAUUAACACUUUAAUUAAAAGACUAAACGUUGAGUGCUGUAAGAAUGCUGAACAUAGCCAAGAAUGCGAUAUUAAAUGGGAAGCAAUGAAAAAAUUUAUUUCUGAAGAAAUAAUUACUGACUUGGGUGUAAGCAUACCUUUUGAUACAAAUAAACAAAAUAUAUUGACAGGAGUUGAAACGAUACCAGCAAGAUCACAAGGCUUUGGUAGCGGUAAUAUUGAGUCAUUCUUGGCGAGCAAUCCUUAGCAAGAUCUUAAUCUAAUAAAGAGCUAUUGAGUAGCUACCAAUCUAACGUAAGACACAAUUUCUACAUCCUUAAUUUAGCUUGCUGCAACCAUAGUUCAGGACAGCCUGCUAGACUAUCGGACAGGUUUUAGCCAUUAUCCUAUCAUCGAUAGUUUUGAUUGCUGUGAUUCCUGUUUCGAUACUAGAGUACUAGCUGGGAUGAGAAUGAGCUUCUAAGCUGAUAUCCGCAUCAACUAUGUCUUUUUGUCAGUACUAGUGGUUUCUAGGGUAAAAACUAAUCCCCAAACAUCCCACCAGAAAAGCCUAGGUAUUAUGGAUGAGGGAGUCAUUCCCAUAAAAGCAAUAAAAAAGUCUUCUACAACUUAUUUCCAUACCUUUUUUUCUUUAGCUCACAGCAAUUUCCUAAAAUCAAGCAUCCAGUUAUGAGAGCACAGUUGGUAAUGACGCCAUUUAUUUUAUGAAUGGAGAGCAAUCAGGAAAUACGGAAUUUAAUAUAA